AUGAACGACAACACACCUGGAGGCAGUCCCAUGUGGUGUGGGGUGCGUUUCUUCGUUGACGCCGAUGUCUUGUUGACAUUCGAUGCGGUAAAGUUAACAGAUAUGGAUGGGCGACCGGGACAGCCGCAGCGACGCAUCGCGUUGGUGGAGGGCAAGGCCCUGCCAGUGACGUCGUAUUCAGGUGCCUCUCUGUUCCUCAAGGCGCUCAAAGCGACUGGAAACCCGGUCGUAGUGGUAUCGCCGUGGAAACCAGAGAAGACGACGUCGCUCUUGCGUCUGUUUGGGUGGGACACGCUUUACGAGGUCCGCGCCGUCCACCCGGAGCCGGGACACGAGCAGCUGCUGCUGUCGUGUGUUGGGUGUGGCUUGGAGGAGUACAGCAGUGCCGUAGUUGUCUCGGCGUCACGUGCGGCAUGGCAUGCCUCGUUGUGGUCGCAGGUUGUGGAGGUGCAGCAUGAGGCGGAGCGGCCCUCCUCUUCGCUUGCUCUUCUGCGCGCGCUCUCCUGCUGCCUGCGCAUCGCUGAGUGCCGUGUGCGUCUCCCACAUACUGCGGUCUCAUCGUGCGUGGCGCUCUGCCGCGCACGUCUGUUCGCGCGGUAUCGCUUCUGCCUGGCCCCAGAGGUUGUUGAGCAAUCUUCGGUGGCGAUGCUGAUAAACGGGCACGGGGGCUAUCUUGUGACGAAUUGCGAGGAUGCGACGCACUAUGUUGUUGGUGAUCGGGGCGAUGCGUUGAGCUGCACCCUUCAAAAGCCGAGGUUGUCACCUGCGGAUGGUGACGAUGCCUCCUCGUCCGCUUCUAACACCCCCUCUGCUUCCACCGCUGAGAACGGAACCGACAGCACUGCCUCUGAGGAGGGGAGCGCGGCCAGCGAAGAAAGUGACGAGGAGAAGUGGCAAGGUGAGAAUGAGGAGGACGACGGUGGUGUGGUGUCACCCUCGGUGGCAGCAAAUGAAGUCGCAUCAUUUCCUGCAGAGACCUCAGGUAAUGGUGGGAAUCCACUCCCCCUCUUAUCUGCUGCAAACGGUCGCCACGAGGCGGAAGCGAGGGGUGAACAUGCAAGAGGCUCGGCGACGGCAACGACUGUUACCACCAAAUGGCUGCAAGACUGUGUUGAUGGACUCCUCGUGUACCCUCCACAGGUGGCACACUCUACUGAUGACACUUCACAGUGGAAUACCUCGGCGCUGUUGCUGGCGGUGCUACUGCCUCCUCCAGACGCAGAACCCCUGACUCUCUCUCGUUUCAAUUCUAUUGCAGAGGCUUAUAAGUUCUGUCCGUUCGAAUCUUCUCAGGCGACUGGCCAUGUAGACAUUGCCGCUGUACUGCAGAAGCAAUGGGGAGCAGCGUUGCAUGUUGAGGUAAAGGAUGAAGAACUGCUUCUGUCGCGACCUUCCAUUGAUCCCAAUGAGGGCGGGUUGGAAUUGGAGAGACAUUUGGCAUUCAUUGCAGAGCAAUUUUCUGUGGCAUGGGCAGCCGCACUGCGGGACAGACGGCUUCAUAACACACUGGAGUCCGGCACACAAACUGCCGUCCCCAUCACCGCUACCUCGUGGACAAACACAGAGGCCACAUCUUUAGUGGGGGAGGGGGCCACCACAGAUCCGCCGUCGCAGGGCCGGACUAUCUUGAUGCGCGCACUUGGCCCAACGGAGUGGGCAAAGGAGGUGGACGCGUCCAGCAUGACGCAUCAUACGCUUCGGACAACCGAGCACUCAGUGUCGCUGGAGCCCUUGAGUGAGCUGGCAUUGGUGAGUGAGCCGCCGUCGAACUGCGACUCCCCACCGGUGGUAAAUGAGGUGGACACUGGGAGGGAUGAGAAGAGGAGUGUUCUUGGGCAGCGCACCCACGACGAUGUGGCUCAGCUUCCGGCGGCCGACGCCGGAACGAGGGCGGAAGACGAUGAGGGUGAAUUUGUCAUGUGCUUCAUCCCGACCGAGAGCCUUGGGGCGGAUCAGGAGGCGCUGGACAAGGACGCUCUUCUGCGCCACCCGCCAUUCCGCAACUACCCAAUGAAGCUGACCAUUGACAAGCGCGGUAUUCAUUGUCUCUUCGUCACCGCCUUCGACGCGAAGAGAUUUCGUCAGGAGGGAUACGCGGAGGUGCACAGCCGGUUCUUACCCAUCAUGCCGGAGUACGACGACGAAGCCACGUCAGCUCCGGGCUCCCGGAAGCGUCGCCGCAGUCGAUCUCCAGUUACAAAGAGGCCAAGCAGCAGUUCAACGAGAAGUGCUCGCAAAGAAACAUCUUCGGGUAGUUAUGGGUCGCAUAAUCACAGGAAUGCCACCGACACGAGCAGGGCGUUGGCUGGGGCGAGCAAUGCGGAGCUGUCGAAGAGCGAUCUGGAGUUACUAGGCGAAAUCGGUGCUACGUACGAUUUUGCUCUGCAGCAGGUGGAUGUGGUGGAGCGGUAUGCACUUAACGAACUCGCAGAUCCGGUAUUUCGGAAGCAGCAACAUCAGCUACUCCGCGUGGUAGCUAAACUGAAAAGCGUAAGAGCGAGAACUGUUUGA